GAGAAGUGCAUCGGUAUGUCAAGAGAAAUGAAACAUAGUUUGCUGCAAAUUUAGAAAAAGUGCUUGUCUGAAUCACAAAUAUCAAAGCUGUGUUGAAUGCAGAAAAUCAUUGGGAGAUACUUCCAAUCGCUUCCAUUUAAACUGGCUUUAAGGGUUGCAGAUAUAGCUUUAGAGCCGGGGGCAUAACAGUUUGACUUUGACGGUUAUGAUGAAUACAUGCAACUCUAUGAAAUUUCCGUCAUAAAAGGGCUCUAACGACAAAGCAAACGCUACAACAAAGACAACAAUGUCACGCCUAGUUGGUCAUCUCUCAACGUGUUAACCAUUUGCUGACUUUAAUUUCCAUCAUUUUAUUUUAUCCCCUUCCUCAUUAUCCGAAAAAUUAAAAUAAAUAAAAUAUUUAAUGGUUUAAAACCACAAUAAUUAAACAGAAAACUAGCGAUAUUUUAUUCGUUUUGAGCUUUAAAAUUUUAAUGGUAUCUGUCAGCCUGACACUUUCCUACUCUACCUUUCUUGUAAGAGCGCCAUGCAAGUCAGAAGUUACCGUAACAGUAAAACCAAGAGCGAUUGAUUAUUUCGCUAAACCAUCUCAACUGAUGAUUGAUCACUAUUGUUCAAGGCUGACAAUAGCGACUUAUAUUAAAAAAAAAAUUUAAAUAAACUAAACAAAUGCAGAAAUAAAAGCUGAAGUCGUAAUUUAUUGUUUACCACGUGUGUAUGUAUGUAUUUGAAACUUCUUUAUGCUUAUAUUUCCUUUAAAUUCUAUAUGCUGCUAGAGUUGACAAAUUUUUAGCGUAUUUUUUAUUGUCCCAGCGUUGCGUACUGCUGCUUGAAUUCAUUUCCCAGGUCAAACUCAAACUCACGCAUCGCAAAGCGGAAUUUCUACAUACUUUGGCAAUACAAUUUUUUUUGCUCUGUGUAACAUUACAAUCUUUGCAAUGAAAGUGAAACAAUUUUCGCUGUAUAUCGAAAAAUACAAUAUAUAUAUUAUAUAGUAUUUUGUAGAAAACUUCGUAUUGGUGCAUGAAUUCGUCUAGAACGUCAAAGUCGAUCUGUAACGCAACGCGUUCUGUCUAUCCUUGUCUUAAGUGUCAUGUCUCAAAAAACCAGAAAUGUUGACAUGAGAACAGCUGAUUAUCAAGAUCGAUAGCACCUUUGUUAUUGGCGCAUUUUUUGGCAAUUAACUAUUUGAGAAAACUAAUUUCUGAAAUUAAUUUUAUCAAGAUGCCUAACGAAACACCGAAUGAUCAAUUUUCCGACAAUGAGAGUGAACUUUUAACUCUGGGUGCACUUCUUGAUGAUAUAAAAAGUUCAGAAACAAGAGAAAUUGAACUUUUAAAUUGCGAUGUUGAAAAUUUUUUGGAACGAAAAUACGAUCAGUACAGUGGUCAACCAAAUAGCUCAAAUGAUAUGCUCCUCGAAAAAAAAUUACCUGUUCGUCUCGGAAACGCAUCAAAAGAAUUACCUAGUCGUCUCGGAAACACAUCAAAAGAAUUACAAACUAUGAAUAAAAUUCAGCCUACUUGUGCGGACACAGUUUUUGGAUUGCGUAUUACAAGUCCACUAAUAUCCAGUUUAAUGAUUAGAGAGCGAAUGGCAAGUCGAAAAUUUGUAACAUUUAAUGAUUUACAAAAUCAGAUGCUGGUUAAUGACAAAACAAGCGAUUGGGUUGUUGCAGGCGUUAUAACAUCCAAGGAAACUAAAGUUUCCUCAAAAUCUAACACUUACACAAUUUGGAAGUUAUCGGAUCUUAAAGGGGAUAUGAAAACGGUAUGCGUAUUAUUGUUUCAGGAUGCUCAUAAAGAAUUAUGGAAAACUCUCCAAGGCAGUUGUGUGGCUAUUCUGAAUCCGACUUUCAGUGAAAAUAAUGCUUCUGGAAAGGACAUUGCUUGUCUUUCCAUUAAUUCGGCGAAGAAAGUAUUGCUUUUGGGGAAAUCAAAAGAUUUUGGCAUAUGCAAAGCUAAAAAGAAGAAUGGUGAUGCCUGUAAGAAUAUUGUAAAUCUUUACGAAUGCGAUUUUUGUGUUUUUCAUAUGCAAAAGGAAUAUAAAAAGGUAUCUAUGUCUCGUGAUUUCCAGAAGCAAAGUGUAUAUAAAACACAUGGGAGACAGUUUGACAAUGAUGUAAAACGUAAUGCAAAGUUUAAUUCAAUCAAACUUAAGCAAAAAGAUAGACUGAUAAUGGACUCACUCCAGCAUACAAAUUCAUCUUCAAUUGUUCAUAAGCCGAUGCAAACAAAUACUGCAAAAUCUGGCGUGCAAGACUUAGGGUCCAAAGACCCAAUUGCUAGUAAAAGAGAGUCACUUUAUUCGAAUAGGACUAGUGCAACAACAUUCUCGGAAUGUAAAAUUUCAGUAGUGGAUUCGCAUUCUUUUGCUAAGCAGAGAGCUAUUGACAUGCUCAAGAAAAAACCUCUCGAAAAAGUAAAUCCUAAUUCAAUUCGAGGGACUACAGGCGGAAAGAAACGUGCUCUAGAAGCUCUUAACGGAAAUGAAGAAAAGCGUCAAAAAAUUGAUGAAACACGAAAAUUACAUUUCACAAGCAUUAUCGAAACUACCUCUGGUCAUAGUGAUUUAAUAGAUUUGCGUAAUAAACAGGAAGAAGACAAAUAUUUCAAUAAGCUCGAGAAAAAAGAAGCUUUAGAAGAAAAAAUGCUCAAAACAUAUAAAUUAUCAUGUAAAGCUGUUGUGUGUAAAGUUUGUAAGUAUACUGCAUUUUCUGCUGCAGAUCGCUGCAAGGAAGAACGCCAUGAACUUAAAAUAAUAGAAGGUGUGAAACGCUUCUUUCAAUGUAAAGACUGUGGAAAUCGUACAACAACACUUUUCAAACUACCAAAAUUUAGUUGCUCAAAUUGCAGCAGCUCCAGGUGGGAACGGUGCUCAAUGCUGCGGGAUAAGAAUGUAAACGAUUUUUCAAAGCAACUUUCCCUUAGAGGUGACGAAGAGAAAUUUUUAGGAAGUGCGUCAUCAAAAGUCAAUAUGAAUCUUCUCAUGCCUUAAGCAAAAUCCAUAAUGUAUUUGAAAUGUUUUAAUAUGUGAAAUAAGAUUACAGAAAAUAAUCAAAGUAUUAAAAUAUUUACUGAUUAUAUAGUAUGUAUAGUGUUUUUCUUAAUAACGAUUUAUCAAUUACACUUACGAAUGUCUUAAGAUAUUUAAACAAUUAUGAUAUGAAUAUUAAAACAAAAAUUAAAAAAUUGAUUAAAAAAAAAUUUCAUGGGCUGACUUGCUAAAAAAAAUCGUUGUUCGAAAUUACAUUUGAAUUUCAGACUAAAGAUAUUCAUGAUCAAUAAAUUGCGAUAAAAAACUAAGCGAAAUAUGAACAAAGUA